AUUUUGUUGGGAUAAGGUUGCUGAGUGGUAUUUAACUUUGUUCCACGUAAUUCUCUCUUUGACUUUUAAGCAAAACUGUAAGGUAGGUUUUAUUAUAGCUUUAUUUUAAAGAUGAUGACUCUCAUUUAUAGAGAGGUUUAGAUAACCUAUCAGUGACCACAGAGCAAAUGACAGAAGUGGACCUUUGGAUUAAGAACCUAUGUUCUGAUUAAUCUAGAAAUAGAAGAUCAAAUUUAUUUAGCACUUUCAAGUGUAUCUGUAAGAAACCCAAUAGCUCCAAUUUCUUUGAUAUGGUAGAUGAAAUAUGAUCCCCAAAUGAUAUCCAGAUACUAGUCCCUGGAACCUAUGAAUGUGGCAAAAAGGGCUUAGCAGAUGUAAUUAAGGAUUUUAAGAUGAUGGAUUAUCCUGAAUCAUCUGAGCGGGGCCCUAAAUAUAUAAAUUACAGUCUUUAAAGGUGGAAGGUAGAUGGGAGAUUUGAUUAUGGAAGACUAUUAGGAGAGAUCAUAAAGGAAGCAAGAGGUAGAAAGCAGGGACCAUGGAAUGUGAGAUCUAGAAACUGAAAGGGAAGAGAGUGUCCCUUCAGCUUCCUGCUGCAUCUUGACUUCAGCUCAGUGAGACUGAUUUUGGACUCUGUAUCUCCAGAAUUCUAAGACAAUCGAUUUGUGUUGCUUUAAACCACCAACUUUAUGCUAAUUUGUUAGUACACUUGAAUUUACUGUGUAGCACAUAUUUGACUUCAAUGCUUUCAAGUGGGCAGUGAAAUGUAGAGGAACACACCUGUGGACAAGAAUUCUGGGUUUUGUAUCAGCCUCAUUGACCACCCCUGGCAUACAGGUGUAGCAUCUUUUCAUGCUUUCAAGGGCUCCCACAGGUAUAUCUUAGUUUGUGGCUCUGCUUAAAGAAAAAGAACCAAAUACAUAUUUUGACCAGUUUGACAAAGAUGAAAUAAUUACCCUUUUGCCAGUAACCUGUAAAUUCAUGAUAAGACAGGUUUCAGAAGAUUUUAGUCUCAGUUUUCCAGUGGGAAAGAAACAAACAGUGGAUUCUGGAAACCACAGAGCAGUCAGGUUAACAUGAGUUCUGAAGAAAGUUAUUAAGUUGAUCUUUGGAAGCACAUAGGGAAGAAAAAUGGAGAUCACUAGGAAGGAAGAUGUGAUAACCAUAUGUAAGGCAAUGCCAACGUCUGUUUCUUUUUGUGGUAGAAUUACUAGGCACCUGGUAGAAGGUCAUUACAAUAGUGAAGCUUUAUUGCAAAAAGAUAUUUGAUAGUUGUGUUUGAUGCCCUUGCAGACAAUAUAGAGAAUUGUGGGCUAAAUACUUAAAUAAAUAAUUUGUGCCUAGUUGAGCAACAAAACCAGAAGAGCUGUCCUGAGAGUCUUUAUCAAGCCGGUGAUUAAUUGUUCAGGGCUCUGUGAUUUCUCUAUUUGGAAGGUGCAUCUUUGAUCCCAGAAAUCUGUUCCCUAAGCUGGUAGCUCCUUGCUCUUUUUAGGAUACCUUCUGGCUCCAGAUCUCUAGGAAUCCCACCCUCACUUCUAAUUUAGUUAAUCCACAGUGUAGUUCACUGGAAGAUUUUAAGACUGGUCUCUCUUGGGGUAAAACUUUGUUUCUUUUGACCGUCUAGCAACAGGGUUUUAAUAAUGGCUCUUGUCCCAAUGACAGCCACCAUCUUCCUCUGUCUUUCUGUCUCAGAUUGGUGACUUACACUCUAUGGGACUGAAUCCCAUUCAAAUCACUGAUUCUCUGUGAUGGCUUCCCUCAGGUUGACCAUGGAGAGGCCUUCUAGAAUUCUGCCAUUUCCUGAUACCAGAGAACAAUCACAUGCAUUGUGAUUAUAAUAGUUUCCAACAACAGAAGAAGAUCCUUCUGGUUAUGAAUACAGAGAAAAGUUGCUUUUCAGAUGUAGAGAUAACAAGAAAUGUGAAGGAAAGCAAAUGUUUUUAGAAACCAAAUCAAGAGUCAAAGAGAUGUCAGCAGCUGGGAAUGACUUGCUAAAAGAACUAGAAUGGAAUUUGAAGGAUAUACACGUAAUACUGAACCACAGCUUCAAAAAAUCAGGUCUUCAAGCUCAAGCCACGGCACAGGGUACGAGAGCGAUAACCACACAACACCCAUCCUCUGUGGUGCCCAGUACAGAAUACACACCCAUGGCGUCUUCAGGGGCAUUCAGGAUGUGCGGCGCGUGCCGGGAGUGGCCCCAACUCUUGUCCGGUCAGCAUCUGAGACCAGUGAGAAACGCCCCUUCAUGUGUGCUUACCCGGGCUGCAAUAAGAGAUAUUUUAAGCUGUCCCACUUACAGAUGCACAGCCGGAAGCAUACUGGUGAGAAACCAUACCAGUGUGACUUCAAGGACUGUGAGCGAAGGUUUUCUCGUUCAGACCAGCUCAAAAGACACCAAAGGAGACACACAGGUGUGAAACCAUUCCAGUGUAAAACUUGUCAGCGAAAGUUCUCCCGGUCCGACCACCUGAAGACCCACACCAGGACUCAUACAGGUAAAACAAGUGAAAAACCCUUCAGCUGCCGAUGGCCCAGUUGUCAGAAGAAGUUUGCCCGGUCAGACGAAUUAGUCCGCCACCACAACAUGCACCAGAGAAACAUGACCAAGCUGCAGCUGGCGCUCUGAGGGCUCCGAGCCGGGCCAGCUGUGCGUCCCAGCGGCAGCGUGCAAGCUGCUUCCAGACCGGACUUUGAAAUUCCUCCUCCCUUGCCUCUCUAAGGAGGAUGUGGCCGUUGAUCUUCUUCACCCAAUUUCCAAGACAAGAUGCCUGUCCUACUGGAUCCUACCAGGUCUGCCGCAGGAGCUGACUCACAGGCCCUGGGGGAAUGGCUAACAGUGUCCGGUUAGUUAAAAGCCCAUCGAUCGAUCGCCAUUUGGUCUGCAUUUUCCACUGUAAAAGAGCUGUUGUUGAUAAUGUGCCCCUCCCCGCCCCCCUUACGCUCAUUCUCACUAGGAAUGGAGUCAUCGUCCCAUUUUCCAUCAUAGAAUAUUUAUAGGCCAGGGCAUGUGUAUGUGUCUGCUAAUGUAAACUUCGUCAUGGUCUCCAUUUACUAACAGCAACAGCAAGAAAUAAAUCAGAGAGCAAGGCACGGGGGUGAGUCCCGUCUGACACGCCGGCUGUUAGGCAGGCUGCUAACCUGGAAGGCAGGAUGUAGCACAAGCAGGCAACCUUUCAAACCCUUGCGUUUCAAGCAGCUGAAAAAAGAAUCAGAACUAACCAGUACCUCUGUAGUGAAAUCUCAGAAUCUUCCCUUCAGCUAGUGCCACGUUAACCUUAGCACCAUGCUCUUAAGAAACUGUGCUUGAAGACAGAUCUGAGGUUUUGUUUCUGUGUAUGUUUUUGACUUUCUGAGUUGUAAUCACACGCAUCUUCAGAGAUGUCCCUCUCCCCUCACACAAAGGGAGCAGAACUCAUGUUCAUCUGGGGUGUCCUUGGGUAUACAGACUCCACUGGUUCUAUGGCUUCAAGUUGUAAAAAUUAAAGUGACUGAAAAUAAAAAAAGGGGCCGGUCCAGGAUUUCCACUGAUAAGACUGUUCUUAAGUAACUUAAGUAACUUUGGGUCUACAAUAUAUGUGAAAAAAAUGAGACUGAUUACUGUGAGGAAAUCCAUUGUUUAAAGGUGGGUGGUUGGGUGUGUAUGUGUGUGGUUUUUUUUUUUUUUUUUUUUUUUUUUUUUAAAGGGAGGGAGUUUAUUAUUUACUGUUGCUUGAAGUUACUGUGUAAAUAUAUAUAUAUGACAAUGAUUUGCUCUUUGACAACUAAAAUUAGGAAAUGUAUACAUGUUUAGAUGCAUCACUGUUUUGGUGUUGAUCUUACAACGUAUUGAUGAAAACACUAAAAAUGUAACCGGCAUUUUUCACUUCGCUCUCAAUUAAAAUCUAUUCAAAAGGAAAGUGGCCAGAUUCUAUCAGCUGUAUUGUUCAGAUCUUGAGGACUAAUUGAACCUCUAAUUUUAAACAGGUAAGAAGAUGCCACUGAUGUUGAUAG